UUCACACUGCUUUCAAAGCACUAAUUCCGAAUACCCAGCCUCGAAAAUAUCACGGGGACUCCCCGUCCCCUAAAAUGCCUAUCUCUUCUGGUUGGAAUGGGAGCCUCCAGAAGCAGUGUGAGGCCCUGGCCGGCGACAGAGUUCCUGGCGUAGCCCGAAUGACGCCAUUUUUGUUACUGGCAGAGCUCGGCUGGGAGGCUGUUGCUGAGCCUGCGAAAGAUAAGCUAAUGCGUCAUCUAGAGUUACCAAGGAGGGCUGGAGGGGAAAGGGAAUUUCGGGCGAGGCUGAGCCUGCUUGUGGAAGCAGGGAGCCAAGCUCGUCUUGAGAAGGAGCUUUGGGGUCCUGAGAGCAGAGCCAGGGAACCAGUGACAUAUGAAGAUGUGGCUGUGGACUUCACCCAGGAAGAGUGGCAGCACCUGGAUGCUGCUCAGAAGACCCUACACAGAGAUGUGAUGCUGGAGAUCUAUGGCCACCUGGUCUCUGUGGGGUGUUCAAGUAUAAAACCAGGUAUAAUCUUCAAGUUGGAACAUGAAGAGGACCCGUGGAUCAUAAAGAGUGAAUUGUCAACAUGGAUCCACUCAGACAGGGAGAAAAGCCUUGACUCCUCCCAGCAGAUCAUUUCAGAACUUUCAUUUCAAAAGGAGGUAUUGGAGAAAGCCCCAAAAGAUAAUUCAUUGUACUCUCUCUUAAAAGCCUGGCAUACUGAUGGUCAGAUAGAUAGGUAUCAAGGAAACCAAGACAAGGUUUUGAAGCAGGUCACAGUCCUUAGCCAUGAAACAUUGGCCAAGGAGAAAACCCCCAAAUAUAAUACAUUUGGAAAAAUAUUUGGUGGGUGCAUAGACCUUGGCCCUUCAAGUAAAAAACUCCAUGAUUUUGAUUCAUGUGAAAAGAGCUUGAAAUCUAAUUUAGACUCACUGACAUGCAAUAGGAGCUAUGCAAGAAAGAACCCCAUUGAGAGAUUUGGAUGUGGGACACCACUUAGCUAUAGUGAUUCCUGUACUGUGCCUGAGAAAAUUUAUACUGACAUGAAACCCCAUGGACAUAGUCGAUGUGAAAAAGGUCUUAAUCAUGAACAAGUCCAUAUUCAGUAUAAGAAAGAUCAAGCUGGUAGGAAACCCAAUGUUUGUAGUGAGUGUGGGAAAGGGUUUAUUAAGAAGUCACAGCUUACUAUACAUCAAAGAAUUCAUACUGGAGAGAAACCGUAUGUAUGUGGAGACUGUGGAAAGGCCUUCAGUGAGAAAUCACACCUCAUUGUGCAUCAGAGGAUUCAUACUGGGGAGAAACCUUAUAAAUGUACUGAGUGUGGGAGAGCUUUCUCCCAGAAGUCACCCUUCAUCGUUCAUCAGAGAGUCCAUACUGGAGAGAAACCCUAUGAAUGUUUUGAGUGUCAAAAAGCCUUCUCUCAGAAGUCACAUCUCAUUAUACAUCAACGAGUUCAUACUAGAGAGAAGCCAUUUGAAUGCAGUGAAUGUGGGAAAGCCUUCUGUGAGAAAUCUCACCUUUUUACACACCAGGCAACUCAUACUGGAGAGAGACCCUAUAAAUGUACUGAAUGUGGGAAAACUUUCCCUCGGAAAACACAACUCAUCAUCCAUCGGAGAACACAUACUGGAGAGAAACCCUAUAAGUGCAGUGAAUGUGGAAAAACCUUUUGCCAGCAGUCCCACCUCAUAGGGCAUCAAAGAAUUCAUACAGGAGAGAAACCUUAUAUAUGUACUGACUGUGGAAAAGCCUUUUCCCAAAAGUCACACCUUACUGGACAUCAAAGGCUUCAUACUGGUGAGAAACCUUAUAUAUGUACAGAAUGCGGAAAAGCCUUCUCUCAGAAGUCCCCUCUUAUUAUACACCAGAGAAUUCAUACGGGGGAGAAACCUUAUGAGUGUAAUGACUGUGGUAAAACCUUCUCCCAGAAAUCACCCCUCAUUAUUCAUCAGAGAAUCCAUACAGGGGAGAAACCCUAUGGAUGUCCUGAGUGUGGAAGGGCCUUUUCCCUGAAGUCACAUCUCAUUAUACAUCAGAGAGCUCAUGCUGGAGCAAAACCAUAUGAAUGUAGUGAAUGUGGAAAGGUCUUCUGUGAGAAGUCUCCACUAGCUGUUCAUCAGAAAACUCAUACUAGGGAAAAAGCCUCUGAAUCUGCUGAAUAUGGGAUGGCUUUUUCCCGGAAAUCACAGAUGAUCACAUAUCAGAGAACACACACAGGGGAGAAACCGUCAAAAUGCAGUGACUGUGGAAAGGUGUUCUGCCAGCAUAUACACCUUGCUGGACAUCAGAAUCCAUAUAGGAGAGAAACGUUGUGUAUGUACUGAUUGUGGGAAGGUCUUCCCAGAAGUCAGAUCUCACUGUGCGUGAAAAAACUCACACUGAACAGAAAUCUAUGGAUGUGUUGGACAGGAAGAAAAUGUGGCACCUCCUUUACUGUAGAAUAGCCUCAUAUGCUGCUAAGUAUUUCUUUUUUACUGUAAAGAUUUUAUUUAUUUAUUUAUUUGAGGGGGUGGGGAGGAGGAGUGGGAGAAGGACAAGCAGACUCUGUGUUGAGCUCGGAGCCCAUCGUGGGGCUUGAUCUCAGGACCUUGAGGUCGCUACCUGGGCUGAAAUUGACUGAGCCACCCAACCACCCAAUUCUGAAGUAUUUCUGAUUACCCCUCCACAGAAUGAUCUUGUCAGGUUCUCAAUACUGUAAAUUUGGAAUGGAUUUGUUCACCCUCAAAGUAUCCUAUCCCCCCUCACGGAAUAAAUGUGUCUGGAACAAUUA